UCUUAUAAAGAGCCGACGGUUUGCUCAGCGAGUCUCUACUAGGGUUUUGCUGCCAAGCCGUUAAUAUCAGCUCAUUCAACUUCGCAGCAUAUCACAACAAUGGCUGAACAGACGGAGAAGGCCUUCUUGAAGCAGCCUGGUGUCUUUCUUAGCUCGAAGAAGACAGGGAAGGGGAAGAGGCCAGGAAAGGGUGGCAAUCGCUACUUUAAGAGCAUUGGUUUAGGUUUCAAGACUCCCCGUGAGGCUACCGAAGGUUCUUACAUUGAUAAGAAAUGUCCGUUCACUGGCAAUGUUUCUAUCAGAGGUCGUAUCCUUGCUGGUACAUGCCACAGUGCUAAGAUGAACAGAACUAUCGUUGUCCGACGCAACUACCUACAUUAUGUCAAGAAGUACCAGAGGUAUGAGAAGAGGCAUUCUAAUAUUCCAGCUCAUAUAUCACCAUGCUUCCGUGUGAAAGAGGGAGACCAUGUUAUUAUUGGACAGUGCAGGCCUUUGUCCAAAACUGUGAGGUUCAAUGUGUUAAAGGUGAUUCCUGCUGGGUCAGCUGGUGGGGGAAAGAAAGCAUUUACAGGAAUGUGAGCUUAGGUUAUGAGUUUGUUGUUAUUUAUGGAGAAAGGGGAUGAUGUUAACACUUUAUCUUUUGAAAAAGGUGUAUUCAUAGACUUGAAUUUUUGUUUGGCUAAACUUACUACAUUAGUAUCGACGAGUUGAAAUUUCUGGGUAUUCUUCGCUUAAUCA